AUGAUUCCGGAAGUUAGAAGCGAAAUUUUGCAAAAUGCCAACGAGGACAGCAGCCAAGGAGAAGGUCACCAUCCGGACGGCGGGACAGUGCCUGAUGAGGGCGUGCUAACGCCCAAACCUGUGGAAGAAUCAGCCGAUGGCUCUCUUACGGGUGACCGGAGCUUGCUGGAACGUGUGCUCGCUCCUUCAGCCGCCGUACGAGUUGUUUCUCAGGCAGGUGGGGUUGCAGAUAGUUUUCAGCAUCAAUUCAGGAAUAUGUCGAAGUCCGAAUUUGAAACGCAUCAUAAUGCCAACUCUGCGUUAGUGGAGCCUCAUUCGGCUCUUGUUUCUCGGCCGGAUGUAUUCCGGUUGGACGAAGCAAAAGAACUCAGCAGUGAAGGCCUUAGAGCGGCUGAGACGCGCCUAGCGGAUGAGCGAGCGGUGUCGCCCUCCGGUGCGGUAUCUGUCGGAACACAAACGGAGAUAACGGUACCUCCUGUGGCUCAUGGGUGGUUCUUUCAUCCAGGUGAUGCGGCCCCGCCAGGACGAGAAGUUGGAAUAGAUGCCCGGCUUCGAGCGGGGCACCGGAUGAUAGGGGCAAAUAGAGACCGGGAGACACCUGCCACCGGUCAGCGACCUUACAAGCGGUUUGCUCACGGUGAUGUUGGGAGGAAGUCAUCCCCGUCGGGCGCGUUUCCUGUAAAGAUGCAUGCGAGAGCGAAGCGAUUUUCGAGCUCAGGCGGGUGGCUACCUAGUCUGGGGUUCAAAAGCAGGCUUGCAUUGGGAGUUGUUGCAGCAGUUCUAUCUGGUGUUUUAGGAAUGUACUGGCUGGCAGGUGAUGAGGGCGGCUACGGAGAUACGGAUCUCCUUUACGGUCCUUCAGCAGGGCAGUAUGCAGCAUUUAUCCAGCGGGAGCGCGAACGUACACGUCAACCCGCAGAGGCAGUGCAGGUACCCAUUCAACACGGCGACCAGGUUUUAGAAAGUCGGCUGCCGCGUCGCCAGCAGAAGGGGGACUUGGAAUCUCCCCCUGCUGAGGACGUGCGCCAGUACCUCAACAUUCAGCCCAGGUAUGCCGUUCCUGCUAGAUACUACGACGAUUCGUCGUAG